AUGGUCAAUCCCCCAUUCCCAUUGUCGCUACAGACGGCCCAAGCCAAUAACCCACCACUAUCUACUCAAAUCCCAGCGAGUCUCACACCACCUGUGACUCCUAUAGCCAAGGAAAGGCGCCCAACAUCAACAUCAACUCCAUCGCAGGACUCAAAAACAGGGCCGUCUAUCUCGAAAGACAACGCCGGAACUCUUCUCUUCACCGACGACCUCGAAAUCUGUCACGAUGAGAACAACCGCUCCUACGAAUUCGGCCGCGGCGUCUGGAGCAUAGUAUACAAAGCGCGUUCAUCGCCACACCAAAAAAACAUCCCAGGCACACCCCCAAGUUCCCCAACCACAAUAUCGCAAGUGCUAGCCGUGAAAGCACCCUUGCGCCGAGACGCGCGCCCAGUCCUCAAAGCCGAAGCAAUCACCCUAACCCGCCUCACCCAAAGCCAAGACCACGAGAAAUACAUCGUCCCCUUCCACGGCUACCACCCCGAACUCGGCGCACUAGUAAUGGCCGCCGUCCCAAACUCCCUAGCAACAUACAUCGAAGAGCAAGCCAAGGUCGCGCGCACCCGCCAACCGGUAACAGCAACGAUGUUCGAGCCCGUCCAAGGUCCAGCCUCGUACGAAGAUCUCGCGCGCAAGCUAAUCGCCGGUCUGAACUGGCUGCACCAAGUCGCCGGCGUCGUGCACGGCGAUAUCAAACCACACAAUAUCCUCCUCCGAUCCAUCGACACAGAAGAAGCGGUUUUCCCUUACGAGCCUCUGUUUGCGGAUUUCUCUGCGACGGUCGAUAUGCCGACUGAUGCGGAUGCGCCGGAUACGACGCGCGCGUCGAUGUCGUCGUUCACGCCGCCGUUUACGGCGCCGGAAAUGCUUGCUUCGUUGACGUCAACUGAGAUCGCGCCGACGCCUGCGUCGGAUGUUUUCUCGCUUGCUGCGACGCUGCUGGCGACUGCGACGGGAGAUUUGUUGCUUUAUCCUAAUAUGAACCAUCGGUUGAGGUUGGAGAUGGCUAGGGCUGGACAUCAGAUUAUUGAUUUCACGAGGUCGGGGAUGAGUGGGAGUCGGGUUCCGAGGAAUGGGUUUGUAGAGAGGAUUGUUAAGCCGGCUGUCGUUAAGGAUCCUGCGCAGCGGAUUGCGACUACGGAUUGGGUGGAGCUUGCGUCGAGUUGA